CCUUCAGGUGUAUUCAGAUGAGCUUCCUGUAUAACUGCACUUGGCUGUUACUUGAGAAAAAGAUAGAAGAAGGCAACCUGACAUCCCGGAGCAGCACAAACACUGACUACAUAGAAAGACAAGGCAGUAAACGAAGCUAUGCACAAAUAAUCGAUAAUCUCCAUUCUAGCCGGAGUUGAUUGAUUAGUCAUAGGAGUGACAGUUAUAGCUAGGGGUUAAGUUAAGGUAUCAGACACAAAAAACAUGACUGUGCGGACAUUCCAAUAUUGUGCUCGUGUGGCAUUAGUUCUGGUGGGAUUUAUUUUCCAUCAAGUUAUGGCAGAAUCGAUUACUAAAACUGAUGCAAGCAGUGAUGUUGAAGGUGGCCAUGGUGGUGGCCACGGAGAGGCACCGACUGAACUUCAGAUUGUGACCUUUAAAUGGCACCACGUACAGGAUCCUUAUAUAAUUGCCCUGUGGAUACUCGUGGCCAGUUUGGCUAAAAUUGUAUUUCACAUAUCCCACAAAGUGACCACAAUUGUACCCGAAAGCUGUCUCCUUAUUGUGCUCGGUCUAUUCCUGGGAGGUAUAGUAUGGGGUGCAGAUCACAUUGCCUCUUUUACAUUAACACCUACAGUAUUUUUCUUCUACUUACUACCACCUAUUGUCCUGGAUGCUGGAUAUUUUAUGCCAAACAGACUAUUUUUUGGAAAUCUUGGAACCAUCCUACUCUAUGCAGUAAUUGGCACAGUAUGGAAUGCAGCAGCAACUGGUCUUUCACUUUACGGUGUUUACUUGACUGGAAUAAUGGGUGAUCUACAAAUAGGUGUAUUGGAAUUUCUUCUUUUUGGAAGCCUUAUUGCUGCAGUUGAUCCAGUGGCUGUUCUUGCUGUAUUUGAAGAGGUUCACGUCAAUGAUGUCCUUUUUAUAAUUGUUUUUGGAGAAUCCCUUCUAAAUGAUGCUGUGACAGUGGUAUUAUACAAUGUAUUUGAUUCAUUUGUUGCCAUUGGAGGUGAAAACGUGACUGGUGUGGACUGUGUAAAAGGAGUUGUGUCUUUCUUCGUGGUGAGCCUGGGAGGAACAUUGAUUGGAAUAAUUUUUGCCUUCAUUCUCAGCUUUGUUACUCGAUUUACCAAACAUGUCAGGAUUAUUGAGCCUGGAUUUGUUUUCAUUAUUUCAUAUCUGUCUUACCUAACAUCAGAGAUGCUUUCUCUUUCUGCAAUACUUGCUAUUACGUUUUGUGGAAUUUUCUGCCAGAAGUAUGUGAAAGCAAAUAUUUCCGAACAAUCAGCAACCACUGUGAGGUACACAAUGAAAAUGUUGGCAAGUGGUGCUGAAACAAUUGUCUUCAUGUUUUUGGGAAUAUCAGCAGUGGAUCCGAACAUUUGGACGUGGAACACUGCUUUUAUACUUUUAACAUUGGUUUUUAUCUCGGUUUACAGAGUAAUUGGUGUAAUAAUUCAGACAUGGGUUUUAAACCGCUACAGAUUGGUUCAGCUAGAAAUAAUAGAUCAGGUUGUGAUGUCAUAUGGUGGUCUACGUGGUGCGGUUGCCUUUGCCUUGGUUGCACUGCUGGAUGGAAAUCGUGUAAAAGCAAAGAACUUGUUUGUUAGUACAACUAUAAUAGUUGUAUACUUUACAGUUAUAUUUCAGGGAUUAACAAUCAAACCUUUAGUAAAAUGGCUAAAAGUGAAAAGAAGCGAACAUCGGGAAAGGAAACUAAAUGAGAAACUUCAUGGCAGAGCAUUUGACCACAUUUGUUCUGCUAUUGAAGAUGUUUCUGGUCAGAUUGGACACAACUACUUGAGGGAUAAGAUUGCGAAAUUUGAUGCCAAAUAUUUCAGCAAAUUUUUUAUGAGAAAAUCAGCUCAAAAAACACAAGAUCGAAUUCUUAAUGUUUAUCAUGAAUUAAAUAUGAAGGAUGCUAUUAGCUAUGUUACAGAGGGAGAGCGCCGAGGCUCACUGGCAUUUAUUCGCUCUCCAAGCAUGGAUAACAUGGCCAAUGUUGAUUUUAACAGCCCUCGACCAUCUAUUGCAGAACCUUCAGUCUCAUACCUCUUAAGAGAGAAUGUCAGUACUGUUUGCCUAGAUAUGCAAGCUUUGGAGCAAAGAAGAAAAAGUGUAAGAGACCUGGAAGAUAUUAUGAGCCAUCGUACCCUGCAGCAAUAUUUAUAUAAACCAAGAAGACAGCAAAAGCACCUUUACAGUCGACAUGAAGUUACACUGGAUGAAAAUGAACAACAAUCAAUUGAAAUAUUUCAAAGAACAAUGAAAAAACGAUUAGAGUCUUUUAAGUCAACAAAGUUUGGACGCAAGCAAGCUAAAAAGAUCAAUAAAAAUUACAAACGUGAUAGAGGACAAAGAAGAAACAGUAGCAUGACUAUGCUACCAAAUGGAAACAUACCUAUGGAAAAGAAAGUCGAAGAAAUGGAAUAUUCUGACCAAGAAGAUACAGUUGAAUAUGACUCUCAAACAGAUGGCUGCAUUACAUUCUUAGCCAAUUUGACGGACAACAAAGAUUUGGCAGACACAGCUUUCGGAAUUGAUAACCCAGUAUUUUCACCUGAUGAUGAACAAAAUAUCUGUCUGGCGUUUUCACCCUGGUUGUCCAACGAAGAUGCAGUAGUUCCAUCACAGAGGGCCCGAGUACAGAUUCCGUACACUCCAAACAACUUCAGACGGCUAACCCCAUUCCGCAUCAGCAAUAGAUCAAUAGAUUCUUUUUACAUAGCCGAUGGGGCAGAGGAGCGACCUCAAUCUUUCCUACCAGAACCAACCAAUAUGUAAUUUCAUCACAAGAGAUGUACCGCCAUAUACAUGUCCUAGAGAGAAUCUCACACUUCGGACUUUUAACGAGGCAAAUCACAGUGGUUUAAC